AUGGCAUCAGCAUCAACCUCUGCAUCGCAGGGCACGUCCUCGAGCGACCCCGUCACGGCUGCUCAGCAGCAGCACAUUGAGGAUCUCUGCAAAUCUGGACCAGUCAUGGAAGGCGCCUCUCUCAUCGUCGUCUCCAACCGUCUUCCCGUCACCAUCAAAGUGGACCCAUCCGUGCCCGGCGGAUACACCUUCUCCCUCUCCUCCGGUGGCCUCGUCUCGGCUCUUUCAGGAUGCAAGAAGACCAUGAACUUCACCUGGAUCGGUUGGCCAGGUCUCUCGGUCCCACCCAAGGACGAAGAGUACAUCGAGAAGAAGCUCCGAGAGGAGUACAGCUGUCAGCCCGUGUGGAUCUCGGACGAGAUCGCUGAUCGUCACUACAACGGAUUCUCCAACUCGAUCCUCUGGCCUCUGUUCCACUACCACCCGGGUGAGAUGAACUUUGACGAGACCAACUGGUUGGCGUAUCGAGAGGCGAACCUGCGUUUUGCGGAGGUGAUCAGGAGCAUCGUCAGGCAAGGUGAUAUGGUGUGGGUGCAAGAUUACCACCUGAUGCUGCUGCCGCUGAUGCUCAGGACGUUGAUCGAGGGGAGCGAGCAGCAGGGUGCGACGUCACAGAGGGAGUUGGAGCACGUGAGGCAUGGUGUGGACGGUACGCUGCAGCUUCAGGAUGACGAUCUGCUCGCUGCUCCCUCGGCGUACGAAUCGCUCAAGCAGGGAGGCAGGGACAACACGCCCCCCGCUGACGACGGUGGUGAUAGUCAAGUCGAUUACGCGGAUCGCGAUGCAGCCAUUCGCGGCGGCAGCAGCGCCACGGGUCGCGGCUUGGGCACCAGCGACGGCUCGAGCGGACGUGGCUCCAUCAAGAUCGGCUUCUUCCUCCACACCCCCUUCCCAUCCUCCGAGAUCUACCGCAUCCUGCCCGUCCGUCGCGAGAUCCUGCUCGGCAUCCUGCACUGCGACCUCAUCGGCUUCCACACCUACGACUACGCGCGCCACUUCCUCUCGUCGUGCACGCGUAUUUUGGGCUUACCCACCAUGCCCAACGGCGCCGAAUUCGAGGGCCGUUACGUUCACGUCGGCACCUAUCCGAUCGGCAUCGAGCCGUCGCAGUUUGAAGACGGUCUGGAGCGCGAGAGCGUCAAGGAACGCAUCAAGAGUCUGCAGCGUCGUUUCGAGGGUGUCAAGAUCAUCGUCGGUGUCGACCGACUGGAUUACAUCAAAGGUGUACCUCAGAAGUUGCAUGCGCUCGAGACGUUCCUUCAAGACCACCCGGAGUGGGUCGGCAAGGUGGUGCUGGUUCAGGUGGCCGUUCCGUCGCGACAGGAUGUGGAGGAGUACCAGAACCUGCGCGCGACGGUCAACGAAGCCGUUGGUCGAAUCAACGGUCGAUUCGGAACGGUCGAGUCGAUGCCGAUCCACUUCCUGCAUCGUUCGGUGAGCUUCGACGAGCUCUGCGCGCUGUACGCCAUCAGCGAUGCGUGCCUCGUCACCUCGACCCGCGACGGCAUGAAUCUGGUAUCGUACGAGUACAUCGCGUGUCAGCAGCAGCGGGCGGGCGUGAUGAUCCUGUCCGAGUUUGCGGGCGCAGCACAGAGUCUCAACGGUUCACUGAUUUGCAAUCCGUGGGAUGCAUUUGCUGUGUCGGAUGCGAUCCACGAGGCGCUGACCAUGCCGGCGAACAUCAGGAGGGAGAACUUCGAGAAGCUGAGUAGGUACGUCAAGAAGCAUACAGCGAGUUGGUGGGGGUUGAGCUUUGUGAAUGAUCUCAAGAGGAUCAAGGUGGAGGAUGGAGCGGAGAGUCCGGGUGGUGGGGGCGUGUCGAGCUUGCCUUCGCGACCAUGA